AGUUUUAGUCGGAAACAAAUUCAUCUAAACACCUCAAGUAGACUUUUCCAUACCUACUAAAUAGGACUGCACAGAAAUAAAUGGAAGAGAUGAAAUCUGCAUGGACAACACAUUUUCUAUCACAACAAUUUAUCUCAGAGCAACAGAAAGAUGCACAAAGUCUUACUGAAGUGGUGAGGAGAAAGAAAACAGUUAGUGUGGCUAACAACAGCAUAACGCUUCAUUAUUUCUGAAAGGAAACCUAAGCCGGCCAGAUAACACAAACACAAUGGAUGAUUUUGAAAAACAUCAACCACAGAUGACUGUUCAAGUAGCAAAUCCAACUGUGGAGACACAUCCAAUUGCCGAAGCAAAAAGUGCUGUGUCAGAGCUCCUGGAGGACUCUGGGAAUUGUAGGCAGAGCAUCAACCUUCAUGUUCUCAGCGACUCUCUGUUCAGUGAGCAGCAGAAGCUGAGGCACGUGUUGGACUGGGCUCACAGUUUCCUCAGCAGUGGAUCAGAGGUUCACCACGAAUUUUGCAGAGCUGACAGUUUGAUUUUGGCCAAUGAAAAUCAGAGGGAAACAGAGAGAGGAUCACCAGUAUAUAAGCAUUCAUCUGCAGCUAAAUACCGUCAUCGAGUCACCUGUACUGCAGGUAGUAAUGAGGUGUUUGAAGGAAGGCAGAGGAUGGAGAAAGUUUGGCAACUUGAACCAUCACAUUACAAAAAAAGUGAACUGAAUAAUCACCUCUGUAGAUAUAAACUUCCUUUUCCAGAUGAUCCCUGCAUCCCGAUCUCCUUCACCCCAGGGAGAGAUGAGGUAACUUGGCUUGAGAAGAGAGAAACUACUGAAACUAAGAAAAAUAUGGAGCUGUACGAUGCCACCCAUAAACAAACGCCUAGCCAAGACAACAACUGCAGAACAAGCAGUCUAUCCAUAUCUAAUCAAAGGCAGAGAAACACAAAUCUAACGCUUGCAUCAUCGGAUGGUGCAACAUGUUUGAUUGAAAGAUCCACAUCUUCCUUGAGCAAGGGCAUUCACAGAAGCAAAGAUCAAAGAGAUAUGAUUUAUAAAACAGCUGAGGCUCAGUCAGAAAAAGAAGUAUCAGGAGAUCAGAUGGAGCUGAAGAGAGCAAACAUUGAGAAGAAGUUGGGACCAAAGGUUAGGGAGGGUCAGAUGAAUAAUAAACAAAAGUCAAGCUCAGGUUUUAGGAUGGAUGCAAAAGAUAACAAAAGCCACAGUGAGUCUGAGCAGACACCCAAACAAAUGGAAAAGACCGCUAACCCCAAUUUUAGCUGUCAUUUGAAAAUGCCGGCUAAUCUGAGUACCUAUGAGCAGUAUCAGCUUUGUAUGGAUCACUUCAGAAUGAGAGAAAGCCAACAAGAGACACCUCGCUUUGAAUUUGAUUCUUUCGACACAAGCGCAGAGAUAAAAAAGCACCUCAGUAAAGUAAGCAGCAGAGGUGUUACAGCUGUAGACCUCACAAAAACAUCUUCAGCUAUUAUUAAUGAAAACCAGGACAGAACCACAUACAAUAGAAAUGGGUCAACACUUGCCGAACAAGGACAUUUGAAAACAACUGUGAAGGAAACACCAGCAGCCAUUUGUGCUGAGAGCAAAGAGAAGACUGUCAUUAGCGCCACACAUUUGGACCUUGAUAGUAACAAACAUGGUGAUUUUAUAAAGAGAGCUGCAAAUUCAAAUGAUAAGCAUAUUAAAACACAAACAGAGCACUUGUGGACUGCACCCGGUGAUAAUGUUUCUCGUGCGGAGGAGAGUGUUGCCGCUAACUCAGUUUUGCUGCCAAAGAAGGUCGGACACCAUCCUGGCGUAGAUUGUCCUCAGAUGGGUGUCAAAGGUCAGAAGAAGAGAAAUGGAGGUCGAGGUCCCUCCUGGAGGCUCUGUGGAAAGUCAAGCGUGUCCUUGUCCUCUCUAACAAAUGGAGGCAUAUUUCCAAGAUCUCAGUCAGCAGGAAUAAUCAAACUCACAAAGAAACUAAAUGCACAAAUACACACAAAGAGACACACAUCAGAGUUCAGACUGAAACACACAUCAACCUCUAGAGAUGGAGAAACACCUGACGACCCCAGACCAACAUCUCAAGCCGCAGGUGCAACAGAGCACAUUGAUGUGGACACUGACUACAAAUACAGUCCAGCAGGUGUCCCUGAGUGCGACCGCUGGCUGUGUCUGCCUGAUGAGGUGUGGCUGUCCAUCCUGUCUGUGCUGCCUCACAGUGAUCUGUGCAGAGUGCUGCAGGUCUGCCGGCGCCUGAACACGGUGGCUGCUGACCACUCACUCUGGGAAAAACUGAGGAUUGAAAACUCCACCUUGUCAGACCGGUGGUUGUUGUGUGUGGGCCGACGUCGUCCUCGCAGUCUGUGUCUGUACAGCUGCAGCGGCCUGUCUGCCACCUCCAGUGGGCUGGAGAUGUUUUUCUCUCUGUGUAGAAACUCUCUGGAGGAACUCAAGGUCAUCAGUUGUUGUGUUCCUGGUCUCCACGGUGACCUGAUGCUGCCUCUGAUUGGUCAGUUGUGUGAUCAUGUGACCAGUGUGGACAUGAGCUGGAGUGGAGCGACAGACACGGGACUGAAAGCUCUGAGUGACGGCCGUGCAGGGUUGAGACUGAAAGCUGUUGUCUUGAACGGCUGUCAUGUCAGCGAUGACCCACUAAUGAAACUUGUAAUGAGACAUAAAGAAAGUCUGUGCAGGUUGGAGGUGUUUGGCUGUCAGUUCCUUACUCUAUCCUGUCUACAGACAAUAUAUGAGAUGUGUCCUGGCCUCCAGCAUCUUAACAUCGGCCAGGUGCCAAAAGUCAACACACACAGUCUCACAGUGAUGGCAUCACAACUCAAAUGUCUAAUUUCCCUAAAUCUCACUGGACUACAGGCAGUCACUAAUGUCAAAGUGGAAACUUUGCUCCAGAGCUGUAUCAACCUUCAGAGUCUGACCCUCAGUUCCUGUUCUGGAGUAACUGACGUGACACUGCACAGCAUCAGCAAAUACACACCUUGUAUCAGAUCCCUGGAUGUGAGUGGCUGUAAGGCAGUAACAGAUGCAGGCAUUCAGUCUCUGGCUCUGGGAUGUAGAAGACUUCAGCAACUGGACGUCAGCUCCACUGACACAGGAAACAGAGGGGUAACUCUGUUGGCUAAUUAUUGCGGCGGACACCUCCAUACAGUCAAACUCAGUUUCUGCCACAUCAGCUCAGAGAACAUACUGAAGCUCUGCAGACGCUGCAAGAGGCUGAAGGUGCUCCAUCUAUAUGGAUGUGCCCAACUCCCCACUGAGCAAGAGAUCAGAGACGUUAACACUACUGUUCAAGUGUACCCUCUGCCCUGACUCACACACACACACACUCACACACACACACUCACACACACACAUAGACAUCUGCACGCAGCUGGAUAGACAAACACAACAUAUUGAAGAUAAAUAUUUAGAGGAUUAACAGUAAAUACUCAUCUUAUAAGUACUGGAUUCAUACAUGUCUAUCAACAUCUUAAAAACAAACUAAAAAAGAAAAUGGUUAAAUUUCU